AUGCUUUCCUUAUCAAACCCCCCCUCCCUGGGGGGCCCCCUGCAUUGCAAGCAGGGCCUGCAGCCGGGGGCCCCCCAGCAGCAGCAGCAGCAGCAGCUGCUGCAGCAGCAGCAGCAGCGGCUGCGGCAGGCGCGGACAGCCUCGGCAGAGGCGCUGCAGGGGGGCUCUCUUAUGGCCCUUUUUGCCAGGGCAAGGCCGUGCGGGGGCCCCCCGGGGGCCCCCCAGGGGGCCCCUCAAGGGGCCCCUCAAGGGCCCCCAGGGGGGCCCCCAGGGGGGCCCCCCAGGGGGCCCCCUGGCAGCCGCGGGGCCUCGCUCGGCCCCGCAGCCGUGGGGGGCCCGUCGCGGGAGACGGAGGCCCCUGCGCAGCGGGAGGAGGGAGCUGCUGCAGCGCAGCAGCUGCAGCAGCAGCAGCAGCAGCUGCUGCUGCAGCAGCAGCAGCAAACAGGUGGGAAGUACGGGCUGCGGCGCUGCCGGGCAACGACUCGGUUGCUGGAGCUGCUGCAGCAGGAGACGGGAGAAAGCUGCUGCGCAGAGGCGGCGGCCACCGCAGCCGCUGCAGCUGCAGCAGCAGCAGCUCCUGCGGCUGCAGCAGCAGCAGCAGAUAAGAGCUGCAGCAGCGCAGCAGCAGACAGCAGCUGCAGCGCCGCCGCAACGGACAACAGCUGCGGCAGCAGCAGCAGAUCGACAGAUGUCUGCGGCUCUUCACUCUCCACUUAUUCUCAAGCCUCAGAAGACGAGACUGCGCAGCCGCAGCAGCAGCGGCAGCAGCGGCAGCAGCAGCAGCGGCAGCAGCGGCAGCAGCGCAGGCCGCAGCUGCAGCAGCAAUCCACGCACUCGCAACGACGGCAGCAGCAGCAGCAGCAGCAGCAGCAGCUGCAGUGGCAGGUCUACCGACCCGUGCAGCAGCAGCUAAGCCACCAGCAGGGUGCCCCUGGGGAGCACACAGAGAGGCCCCUGCAGCAGCAGCAGCAGCAGCAGCAGCGGCAACAGCAGCCGCAGCAGCAGCUGCAGCAGCAGCGGCGGCAGAAGCAGCAGCCGCCGCUCGCGCACCAGCUC